CUAUGCUGAAGGGAUGGAACGUUGAGACGACGUGGAAAAAUGGAGGCGGUUUGCCUGAACCGCUGAGGAGGGAAGUCCGGGCGAGUGAGGGAGGGAGGCAGUGCGCGCGUGCGCGCACACGCAGGAACGCGCGCGCUUCCUCUCCCCCUUCCAAUUACCGUGGAGAGGCGGCGGCGCGCGUUCCCUGACGGUGGAGGAGACGGAGGAGGUGGAGCGCGCCGCCCCCUUCCCAUCACCUCCCCGGGAGCAUACCAAACAGUAAGAAGAUGGGAGCAAAUGGCAGCAGCAUCAGUGAGCUCCCGGAAAAUGAAUACUUAAAAAAAUUGUCGGGACCAGAGGCGAUCUCAGAGAACGACCCGUUCUGGAAUCAGCUGCUUUCUUUUAGCUUUAAUACCCCAACAAACAGCUCCGAGUUAAAGCUUUUGGAAGAAGCUGCCCUGUCAGUCUGCAAGUCUUUAGUGGAGAACAAUCCUCGGACAGGCAAUCUUGCUGCGCUGAUUAAAGUCUUCCUUUCUAGAACCAAAGAGUUAAAAAUUUCAGCAGAAUGUGAAAACCACCUCUUCAUCUGGCAAGCUCACAACGCCUUGUUUAUUAUCUGCUGCCUGCUCAAAGUGUUGAUCUGCCAGAUGCCGGAAGAGGAACUGCAGCUACAUUUUACCUAUGAGGAAAAAACAUCAGGAUCUUACGGUUCAGAAUGUGAAGACCUAAUGGAAGAGUUACUGUGUUGCCUCAUCCAGUUGAUAGUCGAGAUUCCUCUUCUAGACAUAACGUACAGUAUUUCUCUUGAAGCUGUGACUACCCUUGUUGUUUUCCUUUCCUGCCAGCUUUUCCACAAGGAAAUCCUGCGGGAGAGCAUCGCUCACAAGUAUCUCAUGCAUGGCCGAUGUCUCUCGUACACCAGCAGACUUGUGAAAACGUUGCUCUAUAACUUUAUCCGACAAGAGAGAAGCCCUCCGCCAGGUGCUCACGUCUUUCAAACGGAGUCCGACGGAGGAGGCCUACUUUACGGGAUUGCAUCAGGCGUAGCAACUGGCCUGUGGUCGGUGUUCACAUUAGGAGGAGCGGGAAGCAAGCGGAGUCCUCAGCAGGAAGAGUCUUCUCCUCUAGCUAAUCAAAGUCUUCUGCUGCUGCUCGUAUUAGCCAAUAUUACGGAUGCUCCCGACGCACCAAACCCUUACAGACAAGCGAUUAUGUCCUUUAAGAACACACAAGAUAGCACAGCUCUUCCAUCACCAAAUCCUCACGCCUUCCAGAUUAAUUUCAACAGUUUGUACACCACCUUGUGUGAACAGCAGAACUCUGAUCAAGCCACCCUCCUUCUAUACACUCUGCUUCAUCAGAACACCAAUGUCCGAACAUACAUGUUGGCUCGAACGGAUAUGGAAAAUCUGGUGUUGCCGAUUCUUGAGAUCCUUUAUCAUGUUGAAGAAAGAAACUCGCACCAUGUUUACAUGGCUCUGAUAAUCUUGUUAAUCCUUACCGAAGAUGAUAGUUUCAAUCGGUCCAUUCAUGAAGUGAUACUGAAGAAUAUUACGUGGUACUCAGAACGUGUGUUAACAGAAAUUUCCUUGGGGAGUCUCCUGAUACUUGUAGUAAUAAGAACUAUUCAGUACAACAUGACACGGACAAGGGACAAAUACCUUCAUACAAAUUGUUUGGCAGCACUAGCCAAUAUGUCAGCACAGUUCCGCUCACUUCAUCAGUAUGCUGCUCAGAGGAUCAUCAGUUUGUUCUCGCUGUUGUCCAAGAAGCACAACAAAGUUUUGGAGCAGGCCACUUCCUUGAGAAGUCCCCUCGCUUCGGAUGAUUCUCCACAUCCGGAUUACGCGCAGGAUCUGAAUGUGAUUGAAGAAGUCAUUCGAAUGAUGUUGGAGAUCAUCAAUUCCUGCCUGACAAACUCUUUAAACCAUAACCCUAACUUAGUGUAUGCACUGCUUUAUAAGCGGGAUCUCUUUGAGCAAUUUCGAACUCACCCUUCUUUCCAAGAUAUAAUGCAGAAUAUAGAUUUGGUGAUCAGCUUCUUUAGCUCCCGAAUUGAGCAAGCUGGGGCAGAGUUGUCAGUGGAGCGUGUUCUGGAAAUCAUCAAGCAAGGAGUUGUGGCGCUUCCCAGAGACAGACUUAGAAAGUUUCCAGAGCUGAAGUUCAAGUACGUUGAGGAGGAGCAGCCUGAGGAAUUCUUCAUCCCCUAUGUCUGGUCGCUCGUUUACAACUCUGCUGUGGCCCUUUACUGGAACCCACAAGACGUCCAGCUCUUCACUAUGGAUUCUGGCUGACAGAGGAGUGCCCACUCCUGCCCAGUGUAUAUCUGUGACCGCCCCUUCUCCCAGAAUACACCCUUUCAACCCAGUGCAUACUAAGGAGGAAGCUUGUUUAGCCUUGUCUGGUCCCAGUGCUAUUUCUAGGGGUAGGGGGCAUCCAGAAACCGGAAUAUUAUGGGAUGAGACUAUAUACUUACUUUUAUUUGUAUAUUUGUAAAAACUAGGAGACUUUGCAGUAGCAUUGGGGAAAUGGGGGGCUUCAGACAUGAAGUGAGAUACCGGUACCAGCCAGGUUCUUCUGAAUGUAAUAUAGAUGGAUUUGGGAAAAUACAUUUUGAUUGAGAAAUCAGCAUUUGCCACUUGAUUUCCUUCCAAACUUCUGUGGGCCCGGUUACACUUCGUUUGGGCUUCCCAACAAGAAUUCCUUUAAGUAGUGUGCGUAAUAGAAAAGUUAUCUGGAUUAAUGCAGUGUGCAUGGUACCUUAUCCAAGAGGCGAAGGAUAAAGCCUAGAUUUUAAAAAGGUAGAUUGGAGGGGGAUGGUAAAUAAAAAGACCCACGAUUUUGACAGCACACUUUAAAAAUUGUUUUUCUGGGGCUAGUAGUAUUUGCAGAAAUCAAACAGUAAGAGGAGCCCACCAGGAACAUUUCCUACACAAGCAGCAUCCAUGCUAAUGAAGAUCAUGGCAGACACGUUCUUGCUGGUUCAUGUCCAUUUACUUCCACGGUGUUAAGCGCUUUAUUGCACAUUAGGAGGCUACUAUUGAAAUUGACCAUGUAAAACAAAUUUUGCAAAGAGGACUUUUUUGAGACGGUGAAGGAGAAGCACCACAAAAGAAAGAAAAGAAAAACACGGACAAACUCAUGACAGCGAGGGGGGAGAAACUCCCCAGAAGAGGAACGCGCGUUCCACCUCCCCAUGUUUCCCAGGAAACCAGUGCAAUGUGGAUUGAUGCGCAUGCCUUUGAACAUUGAAAGAAAUGAAUUUCCCAUAAUAUGCUUUUUUUUCUUUUCCCAAAUUUUUCCUGGUUUAAAGGGAAUUGGCAAAAUAGCAAACUGGACCAGGCGGGGGUGGGGGUGGGGGGUGGGAAAGGAAGGUUUUUAAAGUAAGAGUGUCGUUUCAGAUUGAACUUUGCCUAGUGGCGACUGCUUUCAAAAACGCUGAACAGCACGCCAGAUUGCGGAGAAAAGGGAACUGAGAACACGCGCUGCUUCAUAGCUUGUGUCGCUUGCUUUGUCACAGAAAGAAUAUGGCACAUUUAUUCCACUGGUGGGGGGGUCCCACAGUCUGCUGAAUGGCUUUUGUGCAGAAUAUCUGGCUAUAUUUUUUUAACCUCCUGACAAACGUUAAAAAGAUGUUUUCCUUCUGCCUAUUUAUCAGCAAGGUCCCAUAGUUUUUGUGCACAAUUGGAACUUUAAAUAUCCCUCUCAUAUUUAUUUACAAUUACCAAUGCAGCGAGACACACAAAAGCACAGGAAUUAAUAGGACUUUGCACUAAGAAAAGUUGGGGAAAGAGGCAAUAUGAACACUGGAACAAUCAGUAUUUUCAGUGUCACAUGUAAAAAAAAAUGGCUGAAAAUAAGAGUGCCGUUUUAUGCUGUGUUUGGGUUCAGUUUUUAUUUUUUAGUCAUCUUUGUCAAAGGAGGGUGAAUUCUUUGUAGUAUUUUCUGCAAUCUUGCCUUUAAAUAAACGACUGUUGACUGCA